CGAGUCGAAAAUGGCGAUAUCGGGAGAUCUCAGGGUCUCUGCAACACUGGCCUCUUACAACAAGCACCCUCUUCGAAGCUCUUUGCCUACUUCAAAUUCAAAGGUCAUCAACUCUUUUACUACUCAUUUCGAUAUCUCAACCCGCUUGCAUUUAUCAUUUGUCUCCAUUUGCGUCUCCUUUCAUAUGGUUAUUGUGUAAUUCGUCUCAUAUAUGCCUAUAAUCCCAUUUAUCCGCUUGUUUAUCGAGGAAAGCUGGGAAAUCUAGAAAUGGGAAAACCUGGGAUCCCGAUAAAUGGGAGGACUUUCUUUGCAUGUGUUCCUACUAGUCUUUACCAGUACAGCAAUUAUGGUAGAGUUCAUCGGUUUCCCUGGUCGAGGAUCUGGAACAACCCCAAACACACACAAGUGGCCUGGUAUCAUGCUUGAUAGAUGUAAAAUGCAUGAUCACUCUAGACGAUUUUCUGGGAUUACUAGAGAUUAUCAGCUAUCUUCGACUUCAAUUAGUGAUGAGGCCGAAAGCUUUCUCCUAAAUGCCAUAAACCUGAGCUUCUUUGAACGUUUAAACCUGGCAUGGAAGAUAAUAUUCCCAUCACCAGCCCGAAGAAAGAGCUCAAAUGCGAGGAUUGCUAAACAGCGGUUGAAGAUGAUUCUUUUCUCUGACAGAUGUGCAGUUAGUGAUGAGGCAAAACGGAAGAUUGUAAACAACAUUGUGCAUGCUCUAUCAGAAUUUGUGGAGAUAGACUCUCAGGAUAAAGUCCAGCUGAGUGUCACUACUGAUCUUGAUCUUGGGACCGUGUACUCUGUUACAGUGCCUGUACGACGGGUGAGGCCAGAAUAUCAGGAUACAGAAGAAAUUGGAUCAAUAACAAACAUUGAAUACAAAGAUACUGGAGAAACUUCUGGUUCUGUAGACGUCCGAUUUGAUUUCUUCAUCCCUGAUGAAAGAACUCGGUGAUUUCUUAAAGCUUAAAAUAAAACAGUGUUGGCAAGUAUCCAAGACUUUGUCUUUCCAUGUUUGGAUCUUUUGCUAGGGAGAUAAGCUUGCGCUUCUGUAUAUAUAAGAAAUUCCUGGUAGGCUAUUGAAGAUUUUCCUGUCUUUAUAUUUGCAGUUAAUUGAAUGGCUGAGUUAAUAACAUUAAAUCAUGUCUAUGUUGCACCUUCCAAUCAUGUUGGAUUGAUAGUGUGCGUGUAUUGUUGUAUGUUUUCAAGCAUGGUAUUUGAAUCCUCCAAAGGGUAUUCACUA